CAAAAAAAAAUGAAAAAAUGUUGGGGUGCUUAAAAGAGAGGUUAUAAGGGUGAGAGUGAGCAUGGAAGAGUUUCCAGAGAGAGCAGAGAUAAGAAGAAUGCAAAGGGAACAAGAGAGGGAGAGAAGGCGUAUACGUGACAGGCAGAGGAGACAAUCAAUGACUCAAGAACAAAGAGAAAGACAUCUUGCAAGACGCCGCAGAAACUAUCAGCUUCGAAGACAAAGAGCUGCAAAUGUUCAUGUUCCAUUCAUUCAUAUUCCUCAACCUCAAGCUCUAGAAUCAAGUGCAGGUGAAGCAAGUACGAGUGAUGAGUUUCAAGGGAUCACUUCUUCUACCUCACUAGACUACACAGUCCUCUCUCGUGGUAUUGGUUUCCCUCUUCCUGGCCUUAACCAAGGACAAGAAACAUUAAAUUUGGGACUUAAGGUUGUUGAUGGAUCAUCAUCAAUUCCCUUGGAAACUCUAGCUUAUAAUAAACCAGGAAAUUCACCAGGAAGGUUGCGUCUAAAUCAUAUUAAAAGUCUUGCAAGAAACUUGACACGUUCAAUGGUUGACCCUGCUGGUACUCACAAGGUUGCGGCAGAGUUGAUUACAAAGGAAGUUGUAUCAGUUGGUAGCACACCAAAAUCCUUGCGUUUGAAUUGUGUGAAGCGCCUUGCCCGAUCAAUAAAUUCUCCUCCCAAAGAGAUUGAACCUCAGAAGAAUCACAAUUUGCCAACAGAAGAGAUUCAACUACUUGGUAAUGAGAGCUUUAUAGCCUCUAGCUAACUUUCUGAGAUGAAAGCUGAUGGUUCACUCAGAGGUAAACGCCUGUCAUGGCUUUUGAGGAAAGAGUGGGUGAGGUAGCAAUUCUCAGUUGACAGCAUAUUCU